AUGGCCCAGCAAAGAGUCAUCCGGGUCUCCACGGAGCAGCCGACCUGUGUGGUCUGUGUGGUGGGAACCGAAAUCUCUCUGGCCCUCAGUGGAUGCGUCCCAAAGGGUGCCACGUAUUUUGAUGUCCACGGAACCUCUGGUCUCAGAGUCAAGGUAAUCUACAAUCCAGAGCUUGUCACAAAGCCCACUGGGACACCGAGAUGGCCGCUGAACUCUGACGUGGAGGUCGUAGUGGGCAUAAAUGGCCCCAGCAGGGCUGUCAAUGAUAACAAGGUUAGAGUGUCCUAUUGUGGUCCGUCAGGAGAGACUCUUGCCAGUGCUUGGCUGUAUCUCACUUGCAUGGCUAUUUCUCUGGAUGCUGAUACCAGCCGAAGUGGAGUGGUGCAGACCAGUACAACCAACAAGACAAAGUGGACCUGGGGCCCCGAUGGAGAAGGAGCUGUGUUGUUGGUGAAUUGUGAUAGAGAUGGCCCAAGCUCUGGGAACACGGACAAUGCUUACCCCUAUGUGCGAUCCCACACAGACUUGCAAGACAUGUCGCUUGUGAUCCUGACCACCGAAGGCCCAGCUGGCAUCUCCGACAACCAUACGCUGCUUCUCCAGGUCUCCAUGUUUGAUGCCGCCAAACUGAGAGUUUUCCAUGCUGGUGGUAAUGCUUCACUCUCGAGUUACGAGCAUGUUUUGGGGUCAGAUAAGCUGUCCUACACCGUGGAGUGCUCUGGUGGGAAAGAGCAGAAUUCCUUCUUCGUGGAGGGCCUGGCCUUCCCAGACGCUGGUUUUGACGGCCUGGUUUCCUUGAAUGCCACACUUUUGGAGGCCUGUGGUCAGAACUCUCCGGCCAUCCCCGUUUUUUCAGACACUGUGGUUUUCCGGGUGGCUCCUUGGAUAAUGACCCCCAAUAUACUGAAGCCUUUAGAAGUCUUUGUCUGCAGCAUUGAGGAAAGAGCGAACAACAAGAACUUUUUGGAGGCUGUGAGAGCUCUGGCCAAGGAAGCCAAUUGCAAGCUGACAGUUUGUCCAGAGGUAGAAAAUCGAGGUGACCGCUGGAUCCAGGAUGAGAUGGAGUUUGGUUACGUGGAAGCUCCCCAUAAAAUGUUCCCUGUCGUCUUUGACUCCCCCAGGAACAGAGAACUCCAGGACUUUCCCUUUAAGAGGAUUCUGGGACCUGAUUUUGGGUACGUGACUCGAGAACCCGAGAAUGGACGUGUCUCCAGCCUGGACUCCUUUGGAAAUCUGGAAGUUAGCCCUCCUGUGACAGUCAAAGGGAAGGAAUAUCCUCUGGGAAGAAUCCUCAUUGGGAGUAGUUUCCCCAGAUCUGGUAGCAGGAAAAUGGCCAAAAUUGUCAGGGACUUCCUCUAUGCCCAGAAAGUCCAGUCCCCGGUGGAACUCUAUUCUGAUUGGCUCUUGGUGGGGCAUGUUGAUGAAUUCGUGACCUUUAUUCCCGCCUGUGACAGGAAGGGCUUUCGAUUGCUUUUAGCCAGCCCCCUGGCCUGUUAUAAACUGUUCAAAGAGAAACAAAAAGAAGGCUAUGGAGAGGCUGCCCUCUUUGAAGGUCUAGAGGGAGUCGAGAGAAAGACUCUUGAUGAGAUCCUAGCCGAUGAAACAGUAUACGAUGACAACAAAUACGCACAGAGUUGCAUUGACUGGAACCGAAGUAUCCUCAAGCGGGAGCUGGGACUGAGCGAACGAGACAUCAUUGACAUCCCACAGCUCUUCGCUUCAAAAGGGGGUGGAGCACACGCCUUCUUCCCAGACAUGGUCAACAUGCUUGUGCUGGGGAAGCACUUGGCCAUUCCAAAACCAUUCGGCCCCAUCAUCGGUGGGCAGUGCUGCCUGGAAGAAAAGGUCCGCUCUCUGCUGGAACCGCUGGACCUGACCUGCACCUUUAUUGACGACUUUUUCUCCUACCAUGUGUGGAGCGGAGAAGUUCACUGUGGCACCAACGUCCUUCGGGAACCCUUCUCCUUCCACUGGUGGAAUAUAGUCCCCUGA